AUGUGCCACUCUAUUCAACUAUAUAGGAAGUGCAUGAAUUAGGGAGCUUGUGUUACGAAUAUCUGGGAUGUAAGUGUACAAUAUGCCAAUGCUGUAGGGGAAAAUAGUGGAAGCCAGAAAGAAUUAAAAGGAUGUCUACAGAUAUUUGCUUUGACGGAGUACCUUCAGGCAACAGGAAAGCACCAUAAAUAUAUAUGUUUACUAAAUUAGUUCGCAAAUAUGCACUUUUCAUUUGAGUUAUGGAAAUCAUUGUUCUAAUUUUUACUAAAGUCAAUAAAAGUAGUUACACACUGAAAGUGUUAAAUAGAUGUGUUGUCUGUACAGACGUUUCAGCCCAUUAUUAUUAAUGAAGACUAUUUAUGACAGUUUAACUGGUGGCUUUAGAAGGGUUAAAUCGUUAAAAAAAAAACCUUACUAUCUUGCAAUAAAAAACAUAAGAAUGUCCUUUUACUUCUACAGAAAUUACAGAAAGGUGCAUUCGGCAAUGAAGACUGGGCAUACAAUGCUCAUAUGUUCAUAGUGUUGUAGCAACCAGCAAUGAGAGAGUUAAAGGCAGCAGAUGAUUUUGCAUGAGGAUCUUGCAGAAAAUUGGCUCACAGAGUAGGGAAGCGCACUCUGUGAUUUAUGUGUAGCCUGAUCCAGACACAUAAGCCACGGGAAAAAAAUAUGUAUUCAGAAGCUGAUGAAAACCAGCAGCCAAUAGGAGGAAGUCAAUUGUUAAUCGGUGGAAUAGAGGUGGAGGUUAUCCUUGAAGUGCACGAGUGUUUGAGCCAUUGUAGUGCCGUGUGUUUAGAAUCAGCUUCUCCUUUCUCUUGACUACAUUGUAGUAGGGAGCCUGCAUAUCAUGUAAGCCUGCAGUUUUAGGAAGAAAACAAAUUGGAUUACUUUUUUCCUUUCUAUCGAUUUUUGAUUAUGAUUCAUUCAGCAGGGUCUCCUGGUUGUAAGGAUUUUUCUUUUUUAUUGUGUACAAUUCAGCAAUGCACCAUUAGAGUGUGGGAAACACGUGUGCUAAGGUUCCUUUUCCCAAUCGUUUCGGGUAAAAUGGAGGGGCCAGAAGAUCAGGUGAAUGGUGCACAAGUGAAAUAUGAAAGUCUUGCUUUGGAUACAGCUCUGAGCACACUGGUGGUCAUAAUGGUGUACGUGGCAGUAAAGUUAAGCAUGGACAGUGUACGACAAUGGAGGGCCCGUGUAUCAAUCCUUGUGGUGGGCGCAGGACCUGUUGGAUUGACAGCUGCACUUGUUGCUGUCCGAUCUGGAAAGGUGCUGAAUUUGACAGUCUUGGAUGAACGCUCCAGAGCUGGCUUACUAUGCAGACCCCAACAAAUCGCAUUGGACCCUCGUAGUGUCAGUUUUCUACUUGGCCUUGGUGUAGACUUUGAUAACAUUGAAGGAUGUUGGCACAAUGACCACUUUUUUACCAAGAUCGGUGUUUUCCAAGAGCAUCUUCUAAGUAUUCUGGAACAAAGAAAGCAAGCUUUGGACAUAAGGAUAUCUCUGGGAACCAAAUUCACAGAAGAGUAUACAAGGAAGAUUCCACAGAGGGAAUGGCCCAAGAUAAUUGUUGUAGCUGAUGGCUCUUGUGGAGAAUCCAGCUCUCUCCUGGGUGUUUGCUCAGAGUACAUUGUGGAGUCCUGUAAUGCAUAUGGCGCCAACGCAGCACUGGAGAGACCAGAUCAGAGGCAGGUACCAACUCCAGAGAUAAGGGCACACAAUUUAUACUUUGACCUUUCUGCUUAUGGGAUCGAUGUCAAUAAUGCUGGAAAAGAAACCACCAGUCACCAGUUAGGGAUGAAGCCUGGCUUUCACUUGAAAAUAUAUGGAACAUUCCGGAAUCGAUACAUGGCUCUGGCAUGCCCAUCUUCAGAUGCCAAAAUUGUACGAUUUCUACGAUACACACCAAAUUCCUCAAUCAUGAAGAACAUAUUUCAUGAGUCUUUUAAUGCCUACAAAACCGACAUAGAGCCAAGAGUGAGUGACUUAACCCUUCCGCACCUGCAGUGCAGCAGAAGACUGGUUGAGAUACUGCUGUCCCAUAGAAGGGUAACUGCUGCUUUUAUUGAAGGAGAAAAUAUAGCAGUUACUUUAGAAGGGGAAGCUGCUCGUGUUCUCAACUUUGAUACAGGCUGUGGAGUUAACCUUGGGCUUCGGGGUCUCGAAUCAUCGGAGGAGUUCAUUUACAAAGUUGCUACAGCCGUGGACCAGAAUGAUAUAUUUGAUGCACUAGCAGCUAAAAUUAAGCAUUCAAAACAAGUUGUACAAGACUUUAGAUUCCAUGGUCUUUCAGCCACAGUGUUUGAAUGAGCAUUUUGGACAUCCUAAUAAUAUAAUGAUAACUCCAUAAAAGCAAGAAUUUCAGUAUCAAUAAGACAAGAUCAAUAAGAGAUCUUUCCAGGAAUUGACUAGAUAGGGGAUCUUGUUUAUCUCAAUCCUGAGAGUAUUUAAGUCACAAAACUGUUGAUGCAAGCCUAGAAUAAGUGCAAUGGGUACUUACAAAAGGUAAAAGGUAAGAUAGUUCUACAGUUACAAAUGUAUCCUUUCACACAAACCACAGUCCAACCCCAGUGAACAUGGAAAUGCUAAUUCAAGUAAAUGUUCAAGUAAUCACCAUAUAGUUUUUCUACCUCAAAACUGUAUUAACAUAUAUUGGGUUUAUUUUCCCCCCAUACCAUAUAUAUUAAAGUGAUUGGCACGCAAAUAAGUCUAUGGAACCCUUGCAUAGGCUGGAUUCCAUAAAAAUCUAUUAUGGCUCACAUGCCUCCCGGAUUCACAGGUGUACUUGGAUGUCAGCUCUUUCAUAUGUUGUCUAUAAAUCCUUGAAAUAAAGCUUCUUCAGGUUUU